AUGAGCGAGUAUAACAAGGAGGGCGGCGGCAGCGAUGGCAGCACCGUCAUGGGCGAGUGGAUAUCGUGCGAGGCAGCUGAGUGCCAGGAAGAUCUGGACGACAUCGUCUCGGCAGCGGCGGCCGCCAGCAGCAGCGGUGCUGACGUUGACUUUGAUGGCAGCGACCAGGGCAGCGGCGGAGGUGGCGAGGGACGGGCGCAAUACGCUCCAGAUGACGAAGACGGCGAGGCGGACGGCCCCCCACCGACGGCGCAGCUGCUCUUUUCCGAGUGCGCUGACCAAUCGCGACUCGCCGCGCCGUCGGCGCUGCAGACACUCACCCUCUGCGACUGCCCACAGCUCUCGGAGCUGCCGCAGGCAAUCCGCUCGCUGGACCGCCUUGAGCGGCUGUGGCUCUGGCGCUGCGACGCCCUGGCAUCCCUGGGCGGCACGCCCUCGCGAGGAGGCGGCGGCGACGGGGCCCUGCCGCCGAGCCUGCGGGUGCUGUGGGUGUACGCCUGCCGCGCCCUGCCGUCCCUGGGCGCCGCCUUCGGGGCACUGCCGCUGCUUGAAGCCCUCCGGGUGUCAAACUGCGCGGCGCUGACAUCCCUCUGCUGCAACGGCAGCAAGGGUGGCGGCGGCGGGCUGCCCGCGAGCCUGCAGAGGCUCUACAUUGACCUGGCGCCCCUGCAGCAGCUGCCGGGCGCCGUCUGGCAGCUUCCCGCCCUCCGGAAGCUCCAGCUCGUCGGCUGCCAAAAGAUCACCGCGCUGCCCCGCGGCGUCUGCCGCCUGCCCGCCCUGACGGCGCUCGUCGCCCAAAACUGCCCUCAGCUCUCCGCUAUCGCGCCCCUCCAGGAGGGCAGCGGCAGCCCCGCGUCUGCUUCGCGUUCAUCCCGCGGCACCGCCGCCGCUGCCGCUGUGGCACAGGCGUCGCCGUUCCCGGCGCUGGAGCUGCUGACGUUGCAGUACUGCCCGGCGCUCAGCUCCCUCUGCGGCGCGCUGGGCGCUCGCGGCGGCGCCCCAGCCUUCCCUCGGCUCAAGGACCUGUUCUUGGGGGACAUGUCGAGCCUGCAGCUCGGGCCGCCGGCACAGGCGCCGGCGCCGGCUCGACCGGCGAAUCCAUCAAGAGGAGGCGAUGCGGCGCCCGAUUUAGCUGCCACUGCGGCCCCGCGCAGCGCCCUCUUUGCAUCGCCGCGGCGGCAGCUGCUGGUCAGAAGCUGCCCCUUGCUCGAGGCGCUCGCUGACAUCAUCGCCUCCCUCGAGCGCCUGCAGAAGCUGCUCGCCCUCGAGAGCUGCAACUCGCUGGCUGCUCUGCCCUCAAACGUCUCCCGCCUGUCGCGGCUCGAGCGGCUAAGCAUUACAAGCUGCCGCGCCCUCGCGUCGCUGGGGCCGGCGCUGCCACCCGCGCUGCGGUCGCUCAGCGUCUCCGGCUGCGGCACACUCGCCGCGCUGCCGACCGCGGCCAGCAGCUUCAAUCACCUGGCGUCCCUUAGCAUAAGCGGCUGCGAGCGCCUGACAGUGCUGCCCGAGGCGCUGGGCGGCGCGUCUGAGCUGGAGGAGCUCUGCGUCUCGCGGUGCCCGCGGCUCAUGGCGCUGCCAGCGGGCCUGGCGCAGCUGCCGCGCCUGGCAGCGCUUUCGCUGCGCGUGAAGGCCGUGCCGGGCACGGGCGACGCCGGCGUGUGGUUGUCCACGCGCGAGGACGUGCAGGUGUUUCUGGCUGGCGCGGUCGCGUGCGACGGCGCGCGAGCGCGUUGA